CAAACAAAUUCAUAUUAGCAGUGUGUUCCUUUGCACUUUCCAUCACUCACAGCCUCAAAACACCUCAAUCCAAACAAACCAGAAACCACCAAAUAAAGCUCUUCAUCCAAAAUUCAAUGCCUUAUCAUUAGAAAACUAAGAACAAAAUCACAAUCAAAUCAAAUCCCAUUUAGCGUCUCCCUCAACUCCAUCCAUGGCAACCAAAAUUCACAGCAAUUCCAACAGUAACCAGUCUCCUCUGCUCGGUCGGUACGAGAUCGGCAAACUUCUCGGCCAUGGAACCUUCGCCAAGGUCUACCAUGCCCGUAAUGUUAAGACCAGCGAGAGCGUUGCCAUCAAAGUUAUUGACAAAGAGAAGAUUCUUAAAGGCGGUCUUAUUGCUCAUAUCAAGCGUGAAAUCUCCAUUCUCCGCCGUGUUCGCCACCCCAAUAUUGUUCAGCUUUUUGAGGUCAUGGCCACCAAGGCCAAGAUCUACUUCGUCAUGGAAUAUGUCCGCGGUGGUGAAUUGUUUAAUAAGGUCGCUAAGGGAAGGUUAAAAGAGGAGGUGGCUCGGAAAUAUUUCCAGCAAUUGAUCUCUGCUGUCGGCUUUUGUCAUGCCAGAGGCGUGUUUCAUCGAGAUCUCAAGCCGGAAAAUCUCUUGCUUGAUGAGAAUGGUGACUUGAAAGUCUCUGAUUUCGGCCUUAGUGCGGUCUCCGACCAGAUUAGACAAGAUGGUCUGUUUCAUACUUUUUGUGGGACGCCGGCAUACGUUGCGCCAGAAGUUCUGGCGAGAAAAGGGUAUGAUGCUGCGAAAGUGGAUAUCUGGUCUUGUGGGGUGAUUUUGUUUGUGUUAAUGGCUGGUUACUUGCCAUUCCAUGAUCAGAAUGUAAUGGUCAUGUACAAGAAGAUCUACAAGGGUGAGUUCAGGUGUCCUAGAUGGUUCUCUCCGGAGCUCAUUAGACUCCUCUCAAAGCUUCUUGACACAAAUCCUGAAACUCGAAUCACGAUCCCGGAGAUAAUGGAGAAUAAGUGGUUCAAAAGGGGGUUCAAGCAUAUCAAAUUUUACAUUGAGGAUGAUAAAGUUUUCAGUGUUGACGUUGAGGGACAACAGGAUGAUGCGGGUUCAUCCUCUGAUCAAUCACAGUGUGAAUCAGAACCUGAAAUGGAAACUCGAAGAAGGAUUACUUCAUUACCUAGACCUGCAAGUUUGAAUGCGUUUGACAUUAUAUCUUUCUCUCCUGGGUUUGAUUUAUCUGGAUUGUUUGAAGAGGGUGGAGAGGGAGCAAGAUUUGUUUCAGGGGCUCCUGUAUCCAAGAUUAUAUCAAAACUGGAGGAAAUUGCUAAAGUUGUGAGCUUUACGGUGAGGACAAAGGAUUACAGAGUAAGUUUAGAAGGGUCUAGAGAGGGAAUCAAAGGUCCAUUAACAAUUGCAGCUGAGAUAUUUGAGUUAACUCCAAAAUUAGUGGUGGUGGAGGUUAAGAAGAAAGGAGGAGAUAAAGGGGAGUAUGAGGAGUUCUGUAACAAGGAAUUGAAACCUGGGUUGCAGAAGUUGAUGCAGGAGGAAUCUGAAACUGCUGAUGCUGCUUCUUCACAAUUACCUACUGAACCUUUACAAUUACCUACUGAACCUUUACAAUUACCUACUGAAUCUUUACAAAUACCCACUGAACCAUUACCCAUUGACACCACACACUUACCUUCGGAUACCGAAUAGAGAGAGAAAGAAAAGGUUAUUUGCGGUCUUGGCGUGCUGCUCGUAAUAUGCCUGUAGAUUUACUACAAGCUGUGAGCCAAGGUGAGACGACAUGGUCUCCACGUUCUGCUUCUAGCUUGAAGGUUAACGUUGAUGCUGGAAUGAGGCAUAAUGGUGCUACGAUGGGUUUUGUGAUUAGAGACUUUGCCAGUCAUUUUGUGUUUGCUGGUCAAGGAUUUCGUGCAGGCAUGUAUCAACCUGUUGUACCUGAGUGCAUGACGGUCCGACAGGUUUGUUAUGGCUUUUACAGCACCGGAAGACUGACACUAUUAUCUUAGAAAUGGACUCUUUGCAAGUGUACCGGGCUAUCAGGAGCAGGAAUGUGAGGCUUGACGAAUUUGGAUCUUUAAUAGAGGAUUGCAUAUAUCUUGUUGGCCAACUCCCAAAUUUGUCUCUUGCUUGGGUUUGAAGGCGUGUGAGUGAGAUUGCUCAUCUGUUAGCUGCGUCAGCCUCGGAGGUAGCUAGCUUUUGUAGUUGGGAUACUCGUCCCUUUUUGUUGCUCAUUUUGUAAACUUUCUCUGAAUUUAUUAAUGCAUAUGAGUAUUUGCAUAUGAAAAAAAAAGAGAAAAUUUGUGAUUUUGCAUUAGAAAAAGAGUUUAUUUUACUUGUUUUUUUAGACUCAGGUCUCUUUGUCUGUCAAUGGCAUCCAUCUCUUAUCCCUCUAUGCCAUGCAUGGCUUUGAAUUGAGAGAAUUUUACUGCAACCUUUGGUUGUUUAGAGCCUUUGUUUGAUAAUUAGGUGAAAAAGGGGAUGGCACUGUGCUACUUCCUACCUGUGAUCCUCGGCCAUGCAUGUCUUUUGAAAGAAGAAACUCUCUCUG